GUUUGAGUCUUAUUUCUCGUGUUUUAGGCCAAUUUCACGCUAGGUUGUUCUUGUUUGUGAUAUUUCAGGUCCUAGUACGGGAAUGAAGGUUUAGGAACGAGUUCGGGGUCGAUUGGACGGAGAUCGAACGUUUGGCGAGCGGUUGAGGAAGUCACACGGGCAUGCCUAAAACCCACACGGCCGUGUAAGGGAACCCAUGUGGCCGUGUGGAAAUUCCAGGGAACUCACACGGGCAGCUUGGAAAUCCACACGGCCGUGUGGUUGUGGUCGUGUAGGAUGGAUGAAGUCCACUUUUUGAAACGCCGCGUUUUGCACAACUUACACGGGCAGCUGGGAAAGCAACACGGCCGAGUGGCCUGACCGUGUGGUCGGGAAUUCUGGGUUUUUAACCCAAUUUCGAGCCAAAGGAUGGGAGAGCUGGGUUUUGGAUCCCAAACACCCAAGGAACGAACCAAAGAGAGAGAGAGGGCGAUUUGAGGGCAUUCUAAGAGUGGAACUGGAAGAUUUCUUCGCCUAGGAAGCUCGAGGAACAAGCCCGGACUUGAAGACUGAUCAUCUGAAGAUUCUUACUACAGUAUCUCUCUUCUCUAUGGAGUAACUUCCCUUCACCUAGGUUUGAGGAACCCUAGAUAUGUUUGUUUGAUUGGAUGAUUGUAUGAGUACUCCUACUUGAUAAUCUUGAGUUCAUAUUCAAUCUAUGCAUGUUUUCAUGAUUCAAUUCUGCUUUAGUCGAGAUUAUUGAAUCUCCUUUGGUCCUAUGAGAGCGAAUACCUGAUUAGGUCAAUAGAGCACCAUAGAUUGAUAGUAGUGGAUCGAUUGCUUUAGUCGAGGGUUGAUUCACUGCUUUGUAUCGAUUGAGAACCUCAUUCGAUAGAGGUAAUCUAGUUCAGAACGCCUUGAUCGGUUGUUCUAGAGAAGGAUACAUCCCUCUAGGCAAUUGACUCAAGGUCUAGUCAAGGAUUCUCCGCAUUGUGAAUGAAAGUGAAACAAGUUAGAAAUCAUCAAUCAUUAAUUUGACUAGUGGCUAGGGGGAAUCAUACCUGAGGGAGUUCCCAACCUAUAAUUAGAUUAACUUUAACUAUAGUUUGCUAGAGUAGUUUUAGUUUUUUCAUCUUAAUAUGGUUUGCUAGAUAAUGAACUAAAGCUGAGUAAUAGUAACUCUAGAGACCCGUGGAUUCGAUAUUUAUUACUUGAGCCACUAUACUGCAGUUCCUUUCAUUGGUUACACUUGGCCUUUGUUAGGUGUUGUGUUUUAGCGUGUCAAGUUUUUGGCGCCGUUGCCGGGGAAUUUCUAGAUUAUUAGGAAAGGCAGAAGUUUGUUACUUUACCGUUUUUCUUUUCUUUUCCACCCUUGCUUUUCACUUGGGUGUUUUUGUUGGUGCAGAUCUGAAUCAUGGAUCCUCAUGGCUUCUCCAACCAUUGGGGGUAUCCACCACCAUCCGAGUGGUAUUACCCCGAGACUCCCUGGAGCAAUCAAGGAGGAGAAGACUAUGGAUUCGGGUUCCAGUACCAACCCCCUUACCACGGAGAACAAUCAGACCCCUGAGCAUAUCAAGAACAACCUCAUUAUCAAGAAGAAUUUCUCCCACAACCAGAAGGGCCAUCGGAGCUGGAGUUACCCAUGGCGGCCUUCACGGGCCAUUCUGCUGAGCCAUGCUACACUCCACAGCCAGAUCCAAACUAUGAAUUAAGGCUUCUCAUGGAGCAGUUUGCUCGAGACAAUGAGAGAUCAUGGUCUAGGAUGGAUCUUCGUACCCAGGCCUAUCGUGAAACGGAGGAGAUCCUCCUGAGCAUUAAAAAGAGCGUCGAUGAUCUUGAGCGAUCAUACACACAACCUGCUCCAAAUCACCCUUCUACUACCAUACUAGAAGAGGAGGAAGAAGAAGGCUACGAAGAAAUUGUGGAGCACACAGAAGUUGUCACGAAGAGCACCCGUGAUGAUCAUGAUCAGGAAUGUCAUGUCGUAGCCGACCACAUCUUUUCACCUCCCACACUUAGCUUUGAAGAGGCGGGCAUGAGUGAGGAGAUGCAAGAUGAUCUCAUCAAAGAAAUUGCUUGGCGACUUGCACUCCAAUCCAUGCUGGAAGAAGAAGAGCAAGAAAAGGUGCAGAAAGAAAUUGUGGAGGAUGACGAAAGUGGAGCAGAAGGAGUUCUUGAUCAUUUCCCAGGGAUGAUACCACAUGAAGAAGGAAGGGAGGUUGAAGAAGCAAUUGGCGUCCAGGCUAAGGACGGAGUUAAGGUGGAAGAGGCCUGCAUCGGCCAUGAGUUACAUGUGAUAUCUCCCCCAAACUUCGAGGAACUACUUAGCAAGGACCCAUUUGCAGUGUCUCUUUGCCAGACCAAGGCCACUUCGACAUCGGUCCCUCUUGGUGGACGCGAUGGUGGUCAAUCGAUGUUGUCAUAUCUGGUUUGGGGCAAUGAGACGAGAGAAGAGAAGAAGAGGUCUCGAGGGUGGAGACGUUAUCUGCAUCAAGUGCACGAGCUUCCAUCACCUGUCAUACCACAUGCUCGUGACUUGAGACUCCACCUCCUCGACGAGAACCUCAACUUCAAGGAAGUUUUGAGGUGGACUGAAACUUAGGAGCCAUCUUCCGGCUCACCACGUGAAAGAAGCGCUUGUUGGGAGGCAACCCAACCAGUCGGUUUGCAUUUCUUUCUCUAUUUCCCCUCGGUUGAGUCAGUUUUGUUCUUUGAUUUUAGAGUCAAUAACUCAACCUUUGUGAGAUUUUGUGUGGUUUUUGUGUUCCGACUAAUCUCUCCUCCUUGAAUGCACCGCCUGCCUCGUCCACCAUCAUUCACCUUGAUCUGGUAACUUCGUUCUACCCUCCUUAUCUUUCCUUCAUUGAGGACAAUGUCGUGCUUAAGUGUGGGGGGAUGUUCGAUUAUGUAUGCGGGUGAAUGUUUGGCUGUUUGUGUGCUUGGAGCCUAGUCCACUGUCCAAAUUUUUGAAUUUGAGGGCUCCAAGUACUGUUCCCUGCAAAAUCCUGCUCAGUAUGCUUUGAAUUGACAGUCUUUAUGGUGAUAUGCAACCUAGGGAGGUAGUUGUAGCACUAUGGAGGAUGUUGAAGUAUAAGAUUUUUCUUAUCCGUCUCUCUGAUGUGCUGGUUGAUUUUGUGAACUAGUGGAUUUAGGACCGUUGAUUCAUGUGGUAUUGAUGACUCCUCUUAUGUUGUGUUGUGGGCUCGUGUGUCGAAAAAAGGGUGCUCACGUGUGAAAUGAAAAAGCAGUUGGUCCCCCAUGUCAAAAAUUUGAAAUUCUAAGACAUGGGGUAAGUUCAACGUGUGUGGCACCGUUCAUUGCACAAAAUCGGGUUUUGGAAGGAUUUUAGUGAUCCUUGGUGAGGUAGGCCUACAAGGUGAAGCUAAUUUGUCUCUAGUACAAGUAAAAUUUCCACCAGUUGAACGGUUGGGCUACUUGAGGAUGUGUUUUUAAGGGCACGGAUAGAGCUUCUGACCCCCCUUAAUUUCAUUGACCCUCCACACGAGUUGAGAAAAAGGAGUUAAAAGAAGUACUCUAGCGAGCGCUAGAUGUACAGAAAUUGCUCUUGCUCGACUAAUAAGGGUCGGCCGGGCAAAAGAUUGCAGUCGGAACCCCCGCCAAGUGAAUGAAAAAAAAAAAGAAAAAAAAAGUAAAAUGAAAGUGAGAAAGGGGUUCCAAUGGUGAAAUGAAGUGAAUGGUGUGAGUCCCUUUAUCCAUGAACUGACUGUCUUACUUCUACUUCUUCUCAUGAUCCUGGUUUGAGUCUAGUACUCGCAUUGAGAGAGAUAGGGGACGUCUUAGAAGACCAGUUGAUCUCGUAAGUUGCUUUAUGAUCUAGAAAAUCCUCUACCGACGAUCGGGAUUGUUUGUUGCUAUAGAGGUCUGGAGAGUUGCAUUGGUUUGAGUUAGGUUUGCUUGGGGACAAGCAAACGGUUAAAUGUGGGGGAAUUUGAUGACUUGAUAUAUACACAUGUUUUUGUCCACCAUUCUUGUACGUUUGAGUCUUAUUUCUCGUGUUUUAGGCCGAUUUCAUGCUAGGUUGUUCUUGUUUGUGAUAUUUCAGGUCCUGGUACGUGAAUGAAGGUUUAGGAACAAGUUCGAGGUCGAUUGGACGAAGAUCGGACGUUUGGCGAGAAGCUGAGGAAGUCACACGGGCAUGCCUAAAACCCACACGACCGUGUAAGGGAACCCAUGAGGCCGUGUGGAAAUUCCAGGGAACUCACACGGGCAGCCUGGAAAUCCACACGGCCGUGUGGUUGUGGCCGUGUAGGAUGGUUGAAGUCAACUUUUCGAAACGCCACGUUUUGCACAACUCACACGGGCAGCUGGGAAAGCCACACGGCCGUGUGGUCAGGAAUUUUGGGUUUUUAACCAAGUUUCGAGCCAAAGGAUGGGAGAGCUAGGUUUUGGAUCGCAAACACCCAAGGAACGAACCAAAGAGAGAGAGGGCGAUUUGAGGGCAUUCUAAGAGUGGAACUGGAAGAUUUCUUCGACUAGGAAGCUCGAGGAACAAGCCCGGACUUGAAGACUGAUCAUCUGAAGAUUCUUACUGCAGUCUCUCUCUUCUCUAUGGAGUAACUUCCCUUCGCUUAGGUUUUGAGGAACCCUACAUACGUUUGUUUGAUUGGAUGAUUGUAUGAGUACUCCUACUUGAUAAUCUUGAGUUCAUAUUCAAUCUAUGCAUGUUUUCAUGAUUCAAUUAUGCUUUAGUCGAGAUUAUUGAUUAUGCUUUGGUCUUAUGAGAGCGAAUACCUGAUUAGGUCAAUAGAGCACCAUAGAUUGAUAGUAGUGGAUCGAUUGCUUUAGUCGAGGGUUGAUUCACUGCUUUGUAUUGAUUGAGAACCUCAUUCGAUAGAGGGAAUCUAGUUCAGAACGCCUUGAUCGGUUGUUCUAGAGAAGGAUACGUCCCUCUAGGCAAUUGACUCAAGAGGGCCUUGUUCCUUUUGUCGAGACUCAAGGUCUAGUCAAGGAUUCUCCGCAUUGUGAAUGAAAGUGAAACAAGUUAGAAAUCAUCAAUCAUUAAUCUGACUAGUGGUUAGGGGGAAUUAUACCUGAGUGAGUUCCCAACCUGUAAUUAGAUUAACUUUAACUGUAGUUUGCUAGAGUAGUUUGAGUUCUUUCAUCUUAAUUUGGUUUGCUAGAUAAUGAACUGAAGCUGCGUAAUAGUAACUCUAGAGACCUGUGGAUUCGAUAUUUAUUACUUGAGCCACUAUACUGCAGUCCCUUUCAUUGGUUACACUUGGCCUUUGUUAGGUGUUGUGUUUUAGCUUGUCAAUGAUGUUAACGAUAAAAAUAUAUCACCCCAAUCAAGAAGAACGAAAGUAGUCUUGGAACCAACGAAACUAAAUACUAUGUUCUUCGUCUUUUUUCCUUUGAUUUUGUAGAUUUAUUAUAUUCUUUUCCCCAUCUUACUUGACUAUCCAAAGAGUUUACCUUUUUUAUUGUUAGGCUAAAAUAAACGCAAAAUCUAUUU